AUGAUUGUUGAUAAUCCAAGAAUGUAUCCUGAAUCGGUUGUUGUUUCAUUAUUUGUAUUAUUUGUAUUAUUAUUUGUAUUAUUUGGUUAAACAACAGGUGCAGUGCAAACUCCACAUUUGCUUGUUGAUGCAUUCCAAGUAUAUGUAUAUCCAGACACCAAGAAACAAUCAUUUAAUGACAAAGUUGAUGGGUCUGUGGCUGUACAUGUUCCACUAACAAGAGUACAAACUUAUUAAGUCUUUCUAUCCCAAUUCAAGAAUCUUGUACAAGCUCCAUUUGUUGCUUAAUUUGUAGCACAAGUAUGUGUAGCACAUUUACUAGCAACAGCAGUUGCACCAGUUCCUGAUGCUGCAGUCCAUGAACAUCUAUCUCUAGCAGCUUAACAAGCAACUUAAUCAUUAUUUGCAGUAGUACAUGCUGUCAUUAAUUAGCAUGUUCCAGUACCAGCAACAGCUCCUGUAGCAGUUGAUUAAGUGAAUACACAAAUACCAUCUAAUCCACCUGAAUUACAUGCUACCUUAGUUUUAUAGGCUGAGCAAUUAGCUUUUGUAAUACAAGCUGUUCCAUCUGAAACACAAGAUGACAAAGCUACUGAACAAACAUUGGUGGCUGUACCAUUUUAAAUAUCUGGACAAGUUAAUAAUCUACAUUUAGCAGUGUUAUUAUUUGUAGCGGAUGCAAGUUCCCAAUAACAUACACCAUCAGAUCCAACAGCAGUUGUACAAGCAGUUUAAGUUGUGUAUGAUGAACAUGCUCCUUUGACUAAACAAGUUGUUCCAUCAGAAGUACAUGUUGAUAAUUAUGAAGAACAUGCUGCAUGGUUUAUUCCAGUCAAAUCAGCACAUGAUUAAUCUCUGCAACUACUAGCUGUUGUAUCCCAUGUACAAAUACCAGUUGAAGUUAUGACUCCAGAUGUAUAAACAGCUCCCUUAUCAUUGAAAUAACAUCCUGCUUAUGAAGUAUAAGAUGAGCAAGCACCUAAUGCAAUACAACCAGUAGUUCCAUUUGUUGUACAUUUACUACUAGCAAUUUA